AUGUAUGUUGUGGAUUAUAGUGAGGAGAAUGAGGGUUACCGGUGUUUCCAGCCCGACCCGGGCAUUGGUACUGCUGCGCUAGGUGCUUGUGAGGCUGCUGCUCUAGGUGCCAGUGCGUCUGCGCUCUCAGGUACUGGUGAGACUGCGCUCUCAGGUACUGCGUCGUCCUCGUCCUCCCUCACUUUCACACUUGACUCCGGAGCUUCUCGCUCCUUCUUUCGAGACCGCACUACCCUUUCGCCGCUCGCCAGGCCGGUUGCGGUCUCCCUUGCUGACCCCUCUGGGGGUCCUGUCCUGUCUCACUUCUCCACUGUCCUCCCGUGUCCGGCUGCCCCUUCGGGCACCCUGUCGGGUCUGUACCUUCCCUCGUUCUCUACGAACUUGGUGAGUGGAGCGGACCUGCAGGAUGGGGGUGUUCACCAGUUCACUCCUGCGCGUCAGCGGGUGACCCACUGCACGGAGGCUCGCACAGGCCGACACCUGGCCACGUUCUCGCGUCGGCCGGGGUCGAGUCUCUACACCCUGACCGUUGAGUCUCCUCCUGUCCCUGCGUCUGGUCAGGUGGCUGCGUCGGGUCAGGUACUUGCUGCUGCGUCCCGGUCAGGUCCUGAGUCUGCCCCCUGUUCUUGUCGCCUCCUGUCUCACGAGACUCUCCUGUGGCACCACCGUCUUGGCCACCCCUCCUUGCCCCGUCUUCGGAGCAUGGCUUCCCGUGUCCUUGUCUCUGGUCUUCCCCAGUCUCUCCCUCUUCUCCCCCUCGGGCCAGGACCUUCCUGUGUCCCCUGUGUCGAGGGUCGCCUCCGGGCUACUCCUCACUCCUCCCACUUCCCCCCGACAGAGGCUCCCCUGCAGACGCUUCACAUGGAUGUGUGGGGCCCAGCCCCCUUCCGUGGGCAGGGUUACGAGCGAUACUUCCUGUUGGUGGUUGACGACUACUCGCGUUACACCACAGUCCUCCCCUUGCGCAGCAAGGGUGCGGUCACUGAGGUGCUGAUCGACUGGAUCCGCGAGGCUCGUCUCCAGCUCAGAAAGAGCUUCGGCUCGGACUUUCCUGUUCUGCGUCUGCACUCGGACAGAGGCGGAGAGUUCUCUUCUCACCUUCUGCGAGACUACUGUCGUGCACGGGGGAUCCGCCAGACCUUCACGCUUCCGGACUCACCACAGCAAAAUGGGAUUGCUGAGCGCCGCAUUGGCAUGGUCAUGGAUGUCGCUCGUACGUCCAUGAUGCAUGCGGCUGCCCCCCAUUUUCUGUGGCCGUUUGCGGUGAGGUACGCGGCGCAUCAGCUCAACCUUCACCCCCGGGUCUCUCGGCCUGCGAUGUCCAUAGUCUUGCUGUGGACAGGGAAGGUUGGCGAUGCGUCUGUGUUCCGUGUCUGGGGAUCUCGGGCGUUUGUCCGCGACUUGUCUGCGGACAAGCUGUCCCCUCGUGCUGCUCCCUGUGUCUUUCUUGGCUUCCCCACUGACGCCCCAGGGUGGCAGUUUUACCACCCCUCCUCUCGUCGUGUUCUGUCCUCCCAGGACGUCACGUUCGACGAGUCAGUCCCCUUCUACCGUCUCUUCCCCUACCGCACUCCUUCCCUCCCCCCUCCCCCGGACUUCCUUGUGCCGGCUCCCCCCCCGAUAGACCCCCUCCCCCCUCAGGUUCCUGCCCCCUCAGGUGUGUCCCAGGUAGACGCCGUUGACCCGGUCGAGGUUACUGGUGACUCUGGUCCUGCUGCGGGUGCUGAGCCUGGGGGUGCUGACUCUGGGGGUACUGUGCGCGGGGGUGCUGUGCCUGGGGGUGCUACUGCUGGGGGUGCUGGGCCUGAGGGUGCUACUGCGGUGGGUGCGGAGCCUGGGGGUGCUGAGCCGGGGGGUGCUGUGCCUGGAGGUGCUGGGUCUGGGGGUGCUGGGUCGGGAGCUGCUGAGCCUGGGGGUGCUGCGUCUGGAGCUGCUGAGCCUGGGGUUUCUCCUGCUGCUGCGUCUCGCCGGGAGCCCCUCUCCCCACAGGAGCUGCGCGAGUGGUUCGCUCGCCGCUGGAGGCGUGCUGCUGAGUCUGGAGGUGCUGCUGGAGCUGGAGCUGGAGCUUCUUCGAUCGUCGAGGGUGCGGGUGCUGCCGGUCCCGGAGCUGCUGGACCUGCGGGUCCUCUUGGAGCUGGAGCUGCUGAGGGCGUUCGUGUUGAGCCUGCUGCUGUUGGUCCUGCCGCUGGAGGUGUGGGUGGCGCUGGUGCUGUCGCUGAGGGUGCUGGUGCUGUCCCUGCUGAGACUGGAGCUGCCGCGCGGCCUCGGCCGUACUUCGUUCCGCUCCUUCAGCAGGUUCUCGGUCUUUCUCCUCCAGUAGAGGGUCCACCGCCUGUCCAGUCGCAGUCCCUACUGGAGCCUUCCUCUCCACUGCCUGCUCCCUCUCCUUACACUGGUCCUACUAGAGGUCUUGCUGAGCGUCGUGAGCCUGCGUCUCGCCCCGCGUCACCUUCCUCUCUUCCUGCGCUUGCCGACCCUGAGUCGGACUCUCUUCGCGCUGCGAGUCCUACUGUCACGCGUCUGCUUGCUACUGUCGUCACUGACCCCUCUUUUGAGUCCACUGCUGCGUCUGCUCUAGUCGCUGAGCUCGUCGACUUUGCUGCUCGCUGUCGUCUCGACUACGCUGCUAGUCUUGUUGCUGAGUCUGCGUCUGUCUGUCCUCCGUCCGUCGGGGGUGAGUGUGCUCUUGGCACGGACGUCCUAGAGGACAGGCAGGAGGAGUUACAGUGUCUAGCGGCUGCUUCACCUCAUCUCGCGUCGGUACUGCUUGCCCCUGAGGGAGACCCGGAUGCACUAGACAUCCCGACUCCGCGUUCUUACGCGGAGGCCGUAGAGGGCCCCUACUCCUCUCAGUGGCAGGCAGCCAUGGAUGCAGAGAUGGCUUCCUGGAAGUCCACAGGCACCUACGUUGACGCGGUUCCCCCUCCUGGGGCGAACAUCGUCAGUGGCAUGUGGAUCUUCAGGGUGAAGCGGCCGCCGGGCUCUCCACCUGUCUUCAAGGCACGGUACGUUGCUCGUGGCUUCAGUCAGCGGCAGGGAGUUGACUACUUUCAGACCUUCUCUCCCACCCCGAAGAUGACUACUCUUCGGGUGCUGCUGCACAUAGCCGCUCAGCGCGACUACGAGCUUCACUCUCUCGACUUCAGCACUGCGUUCUUGCAGGGUAGCCUGCACGAGGAGAUCUGGCUUCGCCGUCCACCUGGCUUCACUGGGACUUUCCCUCCUGGCACCCAGUGGAGCCUCAGACGGCCAGUCUACGGUCUCCGCCAGGCACCGCGUGAGUGGCACGACACACUGAGGACUACGCUUGCGGCUCUUGGGUUUGCUCCUUCUACUGCUGACCCGUCGCUGUUUCUUCGCACCGACACUUCCCUGCCGCCGUUCUACAUCCUCGUGUACGUCGACGACUUGGUCUUUGCCACAGCGGACACUGCUGGACUCGCCUACGUGAAGUCCGAGCUGCUGAAGAGACACACGUGCACAGACCUGGGUGAACUGCGCAGCUACCUUGGCUUGCAGAUCACUCGGGACAGAGCACGCCGCACCAUUACCUUGACUCAGUCACACAUGGUGCAGCAGGUCCUUCAGCGCUUCGGCUUCACGUACUCCUCGCCUCAGGCCACUCCUCUGCCUACUCGCCACUCACUCUCAGCUCUGCCUUCGGAUGAGUCCGUAGAGUCGAGUGGUCCGUAUGCAGAGCUUGUUGGCUGCCUCAUGUACCUGAUGACCUGCACACGACCUGACCUUGCAUACCCUCUGAGCAUUCUUGCACGCUAUGUUGCUCCUGGGAGACACAGACCGGAGCACAUGGCUGCAGCGAAGAGGGUAUUGCGCUACUUGUGCAGUACGUCAGGCAUGGGGCUAGUGCUUGGAGGGCGGAGUCCAGUGGUCCUUACCGGCCACGCGGACGCUUCUUGGGCUGACAACCAGGCUACGCAGCGGUCGUCACAGGGUUACACCUUCAGCCUUGGUUCCGGCUCUGUCUCGUGGCGGUCUACUCGCUCGUCUUCGGUUCUCGGCUCCAGUUGUGAGGCUGAGAUCUACGCCGGAGCCAUGGCUGCACAGGAGCUUCGCUGGCUCACCUACCUGCUGACUGACCUUGGAGAGCCGCCUCGUUCUCCUCCAGUGCUGUACGUAGACAACAAGGCUAUGCUGGCCUUGUGUCGAGAGCAGCGCUUGGAGCACAGAACGAAGCACAUUGCUCUCCGCUACUUCCUUGCUCGUGAGUUGCAGCAGCGUGGUCAGUUGCGACUUGCGUACGUGGCCUCUGAGGCCAACACUGCUGAUGUGUUCACCAAGGCACUUGCGCCUUGUGACCAUCAGCGCUUCUGCACCCAGCUGGGUCUUGUGCCUGUCUUGCCUCACUUGCUCUCCUCUUGA